AGUGGAGUGUGUGUAUCAUGACAAUCUGAAAAUGGCGGAUGAAAGCGGAUUGAUUUAACUUUAUCGUUCAAAAAUAAUAAUAUGAAGUGAAGAACAGCACCACUGCACAGGAUGAAUUCGCAGUCCAACGGGAAUUUUUAAUCCCACAGAGCGACUCGACACUAUCGGCAGAAAGCGAAAGUUGAAGGCUAAGGGAAUGGAAGGGGAGAGUUCCCGUUAUAGCAAACGCCUGCGGACUGGCACUCGGCGGCGUUACCAAGAUGAUGGCAUUUCAGACGAUGAAAUCGAAGGGAAGAGAUCCUUCGACAUUGAAGAGAAACUCCAAAGUGACCGAUACAACUCGGAUCUGGUCAAAAUUAUGGACGGGAAAGACUUCACCUUGGAGUACAUCCAACGGGAGGGACUCCGGGACCCCAUUAUCUUCAAGAAAGCAGAUGGUCUUGGCAUAAAGAUGCCUGACCCAGACUUCAGUGUCAGUGAUGUGAAAUUGUUUGUGGGCAGUCGUAGGAUGGUGGAUGUGAUGGAUGUGACCACUCAAAAAGGCAUUGAGAUGUCAAUGGGGCAGUGGAGGAGAUACUAUGAGACCCCGGCAUCAGAACGUGAAAAACUCUACAAUGUGAUCAGUCUGGAGUUCAGUCACACAAAACUAGAAAAUCUAGUCAAGAGACCUACCUCGGUUGAUAUGAUUGACUGGGUGGACAACAUGUGGCCGCGGCAUCUUAAAGAGAGUCAGAGAGACUCCACCAAUGCCAUUAUAGACAUGCAGUACCCUAAAGUACAGAAGUAUUGUCUGAUGAGUGUCGAGGGAUGCUUCACAGAUUUCCACAUAGACUUUGGCGGCACAUCGGUCUGGUACCACAUCCUCAGGGGAAGGAAGGUGUUCUGGCUGAUCCCGCCCACACCUCAGAACCUGGAGCUCUAUGAGAACUGGGUGUUGUCAGGGAAGCAGGGUGACAUCUUUCUCGGCGAUAAAGCCAGGAUGUGCCAACGGAUUGAACUGAAGCAAGGCUACACAUUCAUGAUCCCCUCAGGGUGGAUCCAUGCAGUUUACACUCCGAUGGAUACGCUGGUGUUUGGGGGAAACUUUCUGCACAGCUUUAACAUUCCCAUGCAGCUCAACAUUUAUAACAUUGAGGACCGCACACGGGUCCCUGCUAAGUUCCGCUACCCUUUCUACUUUGAGAUGUGCUGGUAUGUGUUGGAGCGUUACUUGUACUGUCUGACCAACACGUCUCACCUCACACCUGAGUUCCAGAAGCACUCACUGGGCAUUGGGCUAAAGAAGGAGGAUGUGAUUAAACAAGCAGGCUUUAAUGAUCAAGGAGAAACUGUAGUGAAAGAGGAGGAGGAGGAGGAGGAGGAGGAGGAGGUGAAAGAGGAGCCGGAGGAAGAGGCAGCAUCCCCUACUCGUCCAGGGGUGAAAGUUCACCUGACACCCUUAGAGCUGGAAGGGCUUUGGGAACUACUGCACAAGUUGGAGGACUUGCCAGCACACAAGAAAUGUGUUCCAGCAGGCAUCAGAAACGCCCCUGCACUACUCAGUGACAUACGGAAGCUGCUAGAGGAACAUGCCAAUGAUAACCCCAAACUGUCUUACACUGGAAAACCAAUCGUCAAAUGGCCCAAAAGGCCCUCGUGGUAUGAGCCGCCUCCGCCUCUGUCUCUGCUGUACCGCCCGCGUGCUCCCGGUUCAGCCCCCGUGCUGCCACCGGUUCCUCGACCCGUGAAGCCGUCUUCCUCCAUCUCUGCUCUGAGACGCAGACGCGUUCGCUGCAAACGCUGCGAGGCCUGUCUGCGCACCGAGUGUGGCGACUGUAACUACUGUCGGGACAUGAGGAAGUUUGGAGGGCCGGGCAGACUCAAGAAGAGCUGUGUUCUCCGUCAGUGUCUUGCACCGGCGCUACCUCUUACUGCAGUGUGUGCCAUAUGUAAGGAAGGCUAUCAGGAGUCUAUAGACCCCGAGUCCGUCCAAACGCUCAUGGAGUGCUCCGAAUGCGCUCAGAUCACUCAUCCAGAAUGUAUAAAGGUACAUGUGCCCGGUGAGGGUAUUAUUAAUAAGGACCUUCCCAGUUGUUGGGAAUGUCCAAAAUGUGUCCAGGGCAAAAAAACCGAGUCUUCCAGUAGUAGUGAUGAGGAGACAGACAGCAGCGUGUCCAACGGCAGUCGCUUGUCUGGUCCUCCAGCUAAGCGGGCAUACAGAGAGGGGAUUGGGGUGGGGGGUCUGCGUAUAGGACGCAGAGGUCGCCCGCCCCUCUCCCUCUCCUCCCCGCCUCUGACCCGCUCCAGACGACAGCCGCCCCCUUCCCAGAGACUCCUGCUGCAGCACCAGCAGAACAGGAGGAGAGCAGGAGCGCUGGAGCUACAGCUCAGGAAAAGGAUAAAAUUAGAACGGAACAAAAUCAUCCAGUCGACCCGUUCGUCUGUCUCUCUUUCUCCAAAGCUCCUGCGUCAGCGGAGUCUGGAGAGAGGGGGCGUAGUCAGAGCGGGACCCGGACGGAGCGUUUCACGUGGCCGAGGGGUGUCCUCCUUUCGCGGAAGAGGGGUACGACUCCGAGGCGGUGGCCGAGGGGGAGGCCUGAGAGAAAGAAUGGAGAUGGAGGUUGAAAGAGAUGACUCCGUGGAAGAAGAACAGGAGGAGAGGAAAGAGAACGGACAGUAUAAUGGUAAAGAGAACCGUCCUCAGAGACGAGGAGCUAAAGCUGGUGAAGACGAGAAUGGAGAAAGCCAUCGAAACGGAGAGAGCGAGGGGAGCAGUGAGGGAGGAGAGGCCACUCCAUCUGACACUUCUGUGGUGCUAAAUGAUGAUGUCAGAGGCCAGGGGUCCUGCGUCACAGUGACGUUACAGCCAUCGAGGGGUAGGCGCGACCCUAGCGCCAUUGUUCCCAAAAUGGAAGCCAACUUGUCUUCUAGAAGCCUUCCGCAAAACCCCAAAACCCUGCUCCGUCCCCCACUGCGAAACGGUGCCCCUCACUCAGACGGUCCUCGUUCGCCUGCGGACAGAUUGCACGUAAACAAAUCACAUGCUCUUUCAUCAUCACCGCACACUCUGACCAGAAGCGCAUCCAAACACUCACACAUGGUGCGGAGUCUGAGAUCAAACUUCAAAGAUUCCCCUCACCGGCUGACUCAGGAGCGAGUUGGGAAAAAGACUCGAUCGGAAAAGGCGAAGUCCUCAGACUCUUGUUCCAGUUCCACCCUGCGGCCGUCAGCGGAGCAGAACGGAGGGAACGAGCCCGGCUGGGAGAGAGAGGUGUGGGUGUCCGUGUUCCGCUACUUGACUCGUGCAGAGCUGUGCGUCUGCAUGGCUGUUUGCAAGAGUUGGUACAAAUGGGGCUGUGACAAGCGUUUAUGGACGCGGAUCAGUCUGAGCCGCUGCCGCUCUAUAAGUCCUCAGGCCCUCACGGGCAUCAUCAAACGGCAGCCUGUCACACUGGACCUCUCCUCGGCCAACAUCUCCAAGAAGCAGCUCAGCUGGCUCAUCAACCGCCUGCCAGGCCUUAAAGACCUGGUGCUAUCAGGGUGUAAUUGGGCGUCAGUCUGCGCACUGAGCUCUCCAAGCUGUCCUUUACUGCGCUCUUUAGACCUGAGCUGGGCCGAUGGUGUCAAAGAUGCACAAAUCAGGGAGCUGCUGAACCCACCAGGCAGCGACAACCGUUCCCAGAUGAAGCACAUGCAGUGCUUGUGGCUGUGCGGUCUGGAGGUGACCGAAGCCACGCUGAGGCUGAUCAUCAGACACAUGCCUCUGCUCACUCGCCUCGAGCUCUCGCACUGUCCCAUCACAGAUGGUGCUCUCAACCUCCUCAGCGCCGUGGGCUCCUCCACACGCAACACACUCACACACCUCAACUUAGCAGGUUGUAGCCGCCUGACAGACCGGUGUCUUGUGUACCUGCGGCGCCUGUCCUGUCUCUCCGUACUGGACCUGCGCGGCUGCAAAGGGGUCUCGCGACAGGCGUGCGAAAGCUUUAUCUCCGAGCUGUCUGUCAAUGCCCUCUACUGCCUAUCAGAUGACAAGCUCAUCCAGAGGAUAUCGUAAAACCCACUCCUCAGGGAGAGAGAGAGAGACUUUGUGAAUAUUUGUUUGACUGAGAUGGACUGCAGAGUCCGAAUGCGUGUGAGUGAUGGCUUCUGUAGGUCUGUAGGGAGGCUCUCUGUUUGACAGAGGACCGGGUUUCAUGUAUAGCAGCUUAGGAGGGAGGAGCUUGAAGCAUCCAGGGCGGGGCUUAUGUAUAAAUGGGUCUGGGUGAUGAGUAUCCUUUUGUAGUUAACUAUUUCCCUUUGUUCUGUGUACACACAAACACUGCAAUUGGCAAUCAGAUGGGUUCUCAGGCCUGUCAUGCCAUGGGCUCUUCUAUUAAAGAGAUCAACAGGUGCUAUUCCUUUACAGUUUGAUUUCUGUUUCAGAGCAGCCUUCUGUCUGCCGUUAAAACCCUUUGCUUUUACUGCUGAACGAUACUCUAAUCCACUGUCCAGAUCCCGUCAUCUUGAUACAGAUCCAUUUAUCCUCAGUAGUGUGGAGGUUCAUUGCAUUGCAUUUCUUUUCUUUUUCUCCCCCCACUCAUCCCCUUAAAUGUCAUUUUACUUGAGGAAUACCUUUUUGUUCUUAAUUCCUCUCCCUCCUUAAUACCUGAGAGUAUAGAGAUAUAUAAAUAUAUAAACACCCUUGUGUAAAUGUAUUCCUCUCCUCCCGUAGUACGACAGAAAGAAAUCUGUAGCAUUAUAAUUAUUUUCAGAAGCUUUUUCACUUGUUUUUCUUUUUCAAGAAAAUAAAAAUGAUACAAAUGUGAGCUUGA